CUUUUUGCGAUUUAUUACCUCUUAUCCAGUCGCUUUGGAGCCUGCACACGUUUAUCUCGAUCGAGACCAGUACAUGGGCCGUUGGCGCCAUCUACCUUUUGGCGUCUGGAUGUGCGCCUCCUCCUAGAGAUCAGUUGCGUUUCCUCUGAUUCUCAGCCCACGCCCCUCCCAAUCGCUCCCGCAAAGAAACUGGGAACAACUAUAUUUCCAGCCCAGCAUCCCAAACGUUUGACAUAUGACUCUUAAACGAACUCGACUCUUUACUUCAUGAUCGACUGAUUUGCCGCUCGCUUUCUCUCCAAGACCCUUCAGUCCAAUCCACCAGAUCGCUCGCUGCUUUUCCCCUUCGUAAAACUGGUUGAUCUUGGUUGCCCGUCUACCUUUGCAUUGCCCUACGUGCGAAAUAAACGAUCUACCAUUUCAUUGCGACUAAUAUCUACAUAUCCUUUCUUUUACUCCUUGAUCGCCCGGCCAUCAACGGUCCGGCAGUUCUAAAAUCUCACCAUGGGGCCAGUGGAAUUCACGCCUUGGCAUCGCAAUGACAUUCGAGCCCUAAAUGACGUGAAACAGACUUUCUCGAGCUGGGACUCGUGUAUGGCAAAGCCAUAUUGCAAAUGGCCUGCCAUCGUCGGAAUCGUCGUGGGAUCCUUGGUCGUCAUUGGUAUCGCUUGGUGCAUAAUCGGUUGCCUGUGCUGCGGUUACACAUGCUGUAAGGGUUGCUGCUCUUGCUGCUCCUGCUGCGGAGGUGGUGGUGGCAGCAGUGGCGGACAGCGCUCCAAAUACGCCGACCCGCCGGCUGCUUACCAGCCUCCGCCAGCUCCCAAUUACGGGUACCAGCCUUCAGCUCCGCCCGUCUAUGACAACCCCCCACCACCGACGAAGAACUGGAGCCCAGUUGCCCAGCAUGCACAGUUUGACGUGCCGACACAGAAGGCAGUUAACGAAGAUGCCUUGCCGCACAUGCCAAGUUGGGCCAACGCCACAACGAGGAGAGUCGAGGAUACAUCGCAAGACGUCGAGAUGAACCAGCUGAGCCCGGCCACGGGGCAGGCUAUCGGCACCGCUGGUCGAAAUCACUCCGGAUACUACGAAGUCCCAUCCCAGCCAACCUCUCCCCACUUCGCUCCAGACAACGCCUAUCGCGGCACCGAGCUUGCAGGUACCCCAGCCAGCCCGUCGAACAUCGGCAUUGCCCAAACUCAGGGAUUCAGCAAUCAGCCGUAUAGAGACCGCUCUCCCGUUCACAGCACAGGAGGAAUGUUCGUUAACACUACCCAUCCAUAUUCGCGAUCACCAAACGCUUCCCCUCCUCCGGUGCAGAAUGCUUAUGCGCCUUAUUCUCCUCAUAGCCAGCAGCAAUCAGGUUACGCAGCGUAUUCCCCGUCUAUCCCGUCCUCCCCGCCGCCGCCAUUCUCGUCAACGUAUGGUGAUAAUAACAAUGGGCGGCAAACGCCAACUUUGCUGCAACCUGGGAGGAAGCCGGUCGAAAAUUCGUGGAAAGAUGUCUAAAAAGAGAGCAUCUCCAAGUGACCUCUCUUGUCUUCUACAACCUUUUUUCGCUGCAGAUGCCUCACCGCUUCUGCUAUUCUUGAGAAACUCGUUUUCUCGCAUGUUGUCAGGGCUGAUUUAUCAUGCAUCAGCCUUGCUAUGCAUUUGCUCUUUGGUUCACUUCUUUCAAGCUUCCUUUCUCACGAUUUAAUAUCCUCAAGGUUAUCUUACUUUAUUCAUUUCUUCCGUUCCCCUUUCUUCCUUUCUUACUCUUUUUCCCCCUUUAACUCUUUGUACAUGAUAUUCCACGACAUACUUUGGCCUCCAUUAUUCAUUUCUCUCCAUACCGCCAAGGCAUGGUACCUCCAUUCUUCGCUUCUCAUCAUGGACUUUUUAUCUAAAUGGUUUGCUAUGUGGCGUUAGGUACGGUGGUCCGGGCGAGUUGAGUCAAAUGGGCUUUUCUAAUUCUCCUGAUAUCCUGUAGAAAUGUAAACGGGAACGACUUGUGGGAAAAUGAAGGUCAAAGAACGGCACAUCUUAUUAUUUCUGGCUUACAAUUUUGCAAGUAACUGUCAUAUGUUUCCAAUACAUCAAAUGGCCCUUUUCUCGUC